AUGCCGCGAAACGCUGUAACUAUCCGAAGAGUCGAGGGCGUCCCCGGAGAGGUGUACUAUCCGCUUGAGACAAUGACCUACGUCGACCCAGAACCCGAAGAAGAGGAGGUUAUUGUGCAAAUGACGGCAGCAGCUCUCAACCAUCGAGACUAUUUCAUCCGACAACAUCUCUAUCCCGGUACGACAUUUGGGGUUCCUCUUCUGUCCGACGGCUGCGGUGUCGUCGCUGCGACAGGAUCGUCAGCCAAUGCCAAAAGGUGGUUGGGAAAGAGAGUUAUUCUGAACCCAGGCAUCGGGUGGAAAUGCAGCCCCGAAGGACCCGAGGACUCGGCGGGAUAUAGAUAUCUCGGAGGCACCAAGUUUCACCCGCAGGGAACUUUGUCUGAGACUGUUCGUGCCAAUUGGGUUGAGGUUGUGGAGGUUCCAGAACACCUGACUGACACCGAAGCUGCUGCCUUGCCACUCGCCGGACUGACUGCCUGGCGAGCUCUUGUCACUAAGAGUGGAGCGGCAGCUCCAAAUCGGAAUAUCCUAGUCACAGGCAUUGGAGGUGGUGUGGCUUUGAUGGUGUUGUUGUUUGCAUCAGCAAUGGGAGCCAACGUUUAUGUGACAAGUGGAUCAGACGAGAAACUCGAGAAAGCCAGGCGCCUCGGCGCCCGUGGAGGGGUGAAUUACAAUGCCAACCUGUGGGAGAAGGAGCUUGUCAAGGUGUUGCCUGCCGAAAGGCCUUUCUUUGAUGCCAUUAUUGAUGGAGCAGGCGGCGAUGUGGUGGUUAAUGGUACAAGAGUCCUCAAGGCAAGAGGUGUCAUAGUUUCAUAUGGCAUGACCCUCGGCCCCAAAGUAACCUAUUCGAUGGGUGCUGUUUUGAAGAACAUCGAGAUACGUGGCUCUACCGGAGGAUCUCGCAAGGAAUUUGGGGACAUGGUCCAGUUCGUGAAGGACCAUCGUAUCGUUCCUAUCAUCUCUUCAGUAGUCGAAAAUGCUUUGGAAGAUCUGGGAGAACUGGACAAGUUAUUCCACAAGAUGAAAGACCAGAGCCAAUUUGGAAAACUGGUUGUCACAAUAGGUCAAGGACAGUCAAACGCCGAGACACCUGGAGGAACUCAACAGGCUCAUAAAAUAUAA